CUGAUUGGCUUGAAUAGGUCACAUGACGUCUACCGCGCUGAGAGGAGACAUCUUUGCUCAAGGCAGUGGAGUUUCUCCACGGAAUUCUCCACAAAUCGGAGUUUCUGCAGAAUGACGGAUAAGGGAGAACAAAGAAGAAGUCCCAAUAGUUCCCUUCCCUCCAGACCAAAGCGUGACAAGAAGACGGAGGCGGAGGGAUACUGGGAAUGCUCCGUAUGCACCUUCCGCAACAAUGCUGAGGCCUUCAAGUGCAGCAUGUGUGAUGUCAGGAAGGGCACAUCCACAAGGAAGCCUCGCCUAAAUUCCCAACUGGUUGCACAGCAGGUGGCACAGCAGUUUAACCCCCCUCAGCCUAAGCCCCCUAAGAGAGAAAGAGAGAGGGGAGAAAAGGACCGGGAAAACGGAGUAUCCGGUAGUGCCACCAGUCCCAAUAGCAGUGCCACUGUGAGUGUGAGUAACAACACUGGUAGCAGCGUUGGGAUGGGCAAGAAAAAAGAACACAGUGCUGUGCACACCAACCCCUCCAAUACCAGCAGCAAUAAGAAAAUGAAAUACAUGCCAAGAUUGAAAAAUGUGGAUAGGAGCACUGCCACACACAUGGCCGUCACAGUCAACAACGUCACAGUUAUUAUCACAGACUAUAAAGAAAAAGCCCCCAAAUCUUCCUCAGCCUCCUCAUCUAUAUCUUCGGAGCCCCCCAGCACAGUCACGUCAGACACACCCAGUACCAACACCACUGUUGCCAUGGCAACCAAUCUACAGGAGAGCCCAACGGGUCAACAAAAUGGUGAAGUCACUAUGAGAGAGCAGAUGUAGACUGUGUCCUUUCUUUGCAUCCUGACAUCUACAUUGUUAGGUAGACUUUGUGUUAUCUGACAUUAAACAAAGAAAAUGAUGAUGUCAUGUUACAUGUAUGACUCUUAAAUGUAGCAAGCUCAAAAGGUACAAAGACUUAGAAAUGUGAGUUUCCCUGGCAACUAAGCUUUUUGUCUUCAUUCCCACUUUUAUAUCCUAUUUGCAUUAUUUUGUGUAUAAAGAGCCAAGAAAAUUAGAAUGCCUUCAAUGUUAUGUCUAGUAAUCAAAAUAGCUCUGCUGUACAUGUACAGGGGUGCUAAGGUAUUCAUACAUUUUGUACUACCCUAGUAUUCACUACUAGGAAAAAUUUGAAUUUUACAGAAUUCUCACAAUUUACCACUGUUUAAAAGGAACAAACAACUGGAUCCUUGCUAAUUUGGACCAGCACCUGGGUCACUAGACAUAAGUGUCGGGGAACUCUGCUCAACCCUGCUAUCUCCAUUUCUUGCUACAACAUUUUUGUAUUCAGUAAAACGUAGUAAACUUUGUAUAAAUACUUUAGCAUACUUGUUGUCAAUUACAUUACAAGUUACAAAUGUAGAAAAAGUGGUUUAUAUUGUAUGUACAAUUGACAGGUUACUAUUGUCUACUCAUGAGCUAGGAAAUGUAUGCUGCCCCCGUAAAUAUGUUGUCGAGAAAUAUGUCAUGAUAGGUUGCCAUUAUUACUGAAAGAAACUUCUUGUUACUUAAAUCCUUACUUGACAUACAUGUAAAAUAGCUUGUGAGAAUUUUGUCAUUCAUGACCAGUAGUUCUACAUGUAUCAGCCCAGCAAUCCACGGGAACAAUCUAGACUUAGGCCACAGCAAGUAAUCAGCGCAUGCAUUAAUUUUCGCCUGAUUUUCGAAAAAAAAAAACACACAAGAAAUUUGAAGUUUAC